AUGGUCCAUGUAACCGGGACCAAGUCAUCGGUAUUGAAAACGCACCUCAGAGUUAAUACACGAUCACUGUUCCCAUGGCAACAAAUUAAAGAUGCUUUUGUACGAAAUAGUCGGCAAGAAAUUAGAAUGAUGUCAUCUUGUGAUGGUCAACAAGCGGGAAGAUGCCGACAGAAUCCAGAAAAUUUACGCAAUAUUAAAGACAAAGAUUCCCAAGAAGUCAAAUCUGCAAAAAGAACACCCGUCAGCAGGCAACAAUCAACAAACCCACCAAGAGGAUGGUGGAUUUAUGUUAAUGGGCACAGACGCGGGAAGAAAUUGAUGCCAAGCGCCCAAGAUCCGGCAAUCAGCACCCCCUCCUCGAGAACGACCUCUGCACGCACCAUCAUCGACGACUUUGUAGAAUAUCUCACGCUAAAAAACCGUGGAGCUUUGGACUGGUGCCUUGGAAAGUAA